AUGGAAAAAAUUCCCAGGUGGUUGUUGUUUUCUCUUAUAUCGUCGGUGCUGUGCAUACUUGGGGCCCUGUGUGUGCCGUUGUUAUCGGUUGCCUUCGAUAGCAAGCGCAAUAGCCAAUCUAAGUUGGUCAACUAUGGUCUUUCUCUAAGUGCCGGAUCUAUGAUCACUACUUCACUAUACAUGCUAUUGCCUCGGAUCGAAAAAUCAAACCGGUUCAAGGUUUUUCCUGGAUUGCUUUUGGGUAUUUGCCUCAGUUUUUUCUUAAACUACCUAGUCCACGCUUUCGCCAGCGAAUCGUUGGUACACUGUGCUGAUAGCGGUGACCAUGCUACAGGUUCACAUAUACACUCCAAAUCACAUUCGCAUUCGCACUCACACUCACAUGCGGAUUCGCAUUCGAAUUUUAGCAACGAUCAUGAUUUAGAAAAUGCUCCCUCUGAGCAUGGUUAUGCAACAUCUUCUUCCAGUGUUUCUGAAAAUGACCCGUUGAUUACAAAGGAUAGCGAUAGACCCCAAAUGAAAAAGAAAAUGUCCCUAAUUGACUUAUUAACCAGAAGGAAAUCAGAAGGCGAGUGUUGUGACCUAAACAAGUGCACUCCGCUCUUGCAAUCAGAGCAGCCAGAAUAUAUUGCAUGUGUCCCACCAGUGAUAAAGUCUUCUCAAAGUGAAAGAAACGUGCCACAUGGAUGCGAGGGAUCAGAAGAUAAUGGACAAUCCGAUGACAAGGAUCAUCGUGGCCUUGUAUGCGUGGAAAAUAAUAUCGGUUACGAUCUUGAAAACCUAUCGUUGUACCGUAAGAAUUUUCUUUCGAGCCGCCAUCAUCAUUCCUCUGAAUCGCCCGAAAAUUAUGGUUCCAACCAGUUGUCGCACUCUUUUUCGUCACCUUUGGGAAAUGAUGUAACUGAGAAUCCGGCCGCAUUGGCAGACACACAAUACCAUCCCGAAAAUGGUUCAUUAUACCCCCACCAUCAUCACUUAGAGACCCCUUUUUCCAAAUUACUGUCUAUUGGUAUGCAAACUUGUCUAGUCCUUGCAUUACACAAAUUUCCCGAAGGGUUUAUUAUUUUUUACACUAACAGGUCAGAUUCGUCAAAGUCCUUGGGAUUUUCCAUUUUUUUAAGUUUGACGAUCCAUAAUUUUGUCGAAGGAUUUGCAAUGACGUUACCAUUCUACACUGUUUUCGAAUCUAAAUGGGUUGCCAUUUUGAUUACUGCCGUUCUCGGUGGUGGAUCUCAACCAUUAGGUGCAUUGAUAGGUUAUUUCAUCUUUAAAGGUAGUACUCCAAGGGAUCACGAACCCAACAUGGAUUUUUUACUGAGCGUUACUGCAGGGUUCCUAUUAGUAAUUGGUUUACAAAUGUUCCAAACUGGUAUCGGAUUUAGCGAUGGACAUCAUCAUCAUCAAGGAGAAGGUGAUGAAGAAAUGAAACAGUCCCAUAGCUCAGGCACAACUUGCUUGAAAUGGUGCUGCACUGGCGUUUUGCUAAUUCUAGCGAGUGCCCUUUUCACUUGA